GGGCGCGGGGAGGGCGUGGGACGCUGGGGGCCGGGGGCGGGCCGGGGCGGGGCGGGGCCAGGCUGGCGCGGGUCGGCGGCGCGAGCGCUCCUCCGGGCACCGGGUCGCGCGCGGCCGAGUCGCGGAGGCGCCGCCGCUGCCGUUGCUGCGUCGCGAAGCAACAUGGCUGACAAGGCCAAGCCCGCCAAAGCUGCCAACAGGACGCCCCCCAAGUCCCCGGGGGACCCCUCGAAGGACAGGGCAGCCAAGAGGCUGUCACUGGAGUCGGAGGGUGCCGGUGAGGGGGCAGCUGCGGCCUCCGAGCUCAGCGCCCUGGAAGAGGCCUUUCGGCGCUUCGCCGUGCACGGGGACACCAGGGCCACCGGGAGGGAGAUGCACGGUAAGAACUGGUCGAAGUUGUGCAAGGACUGCCAGGUGAUCGACGGCAGGAAUGUGACUGUCACCGACGUGGACAUCGUCUUCAGCAAGAUCAAAGGGAAGUCUUGCCGGACCAUCACCUUUGAGCAGUUCCAGGAGGCGCUGGAGGAGCUAGCCAAGAAGCGAUUCAAAGAUAAGAGCAGCGAGGAGGCGGUUCGCGAGGUGCACAGGCUCAUCGAGGGCAAGGCGCCCAUCAUCUCAGGGGUGACGAAAGCCAUCUCCUCGCCCACCGUGUCGAGGCUCACAGACACCACCAAGUUCACGGGCUCACACAAGGAGCGCUUCGACCCCUCUGGCAAGGGCAAGGGCAAGGCCGGCCGCGUGGACCUGGUGGACGAGUCAGGCUACGUGUCUGGCUACAAGCACGCGGGCACCUACGACCAGAAGGUGCAAGGGGGCAAGUAGCCCCCCAUGCCCGAGGCACUGCGGGUGUCCCCGGAGCAGGGACUCUGUCACCUCACACUUCAUUACAUUCCUGUACUCACUCGGGCAGAACUCAUACCAGUGCCCCAGCAGGGGCUGUGGGGAGGCCGGGCCCAGGCCUCCCUCCUGCCCCUCCUCCUGCCAGCUGCCCCCAGUGCUCCCCUCUCAAACCAGGUUUGGGCCCCCGUUCACUGACUCUCCAAUACACCGUCUCAUCCUCAGCUGGGAAGAGGAAGCUGUUUCCAACAUGUCUCCCUGAUCACGCCACGUUGGGCACGUGUUUUGCUGGUCAAAGGGGCAUUUUAAAGGAGCGGGCUGUCGUGGCAACAGGAGGCCAUGCUGACCUCCUGACCAGCAGACCCCUUCCAGGAGCUCUGAGGGAAGCAGGAGCUAACACCAACCAGCAGGCGGCUAACACGAGUUGGCCCCACCCCAGACGCAGGAGGUGUCUAUGGGGCCAAGGCCUGUCCUGCACGCAGCGGACACCACAGGGCCUGCCUGCUUUCCCGGGCAGAGGGGAGACUCGGCCCACCAGGCAGGCGAACUGGGCCUCUGGUGCAGGUGUGGGGAGGCUGGCCACAUGGACACACGUGUGCACACGUGCCUACGGGCCAGCUCUGUGCCCAGGGCGGCGUUGGUAAAAGGAAGGCUGUGGGGAACAGAGGGUGGCUUCCCAGCUGACUGUAGUGCCCCAGAGUGUGCGGCUGGAGUCGGCUCCCUCUGCUUUACGGAGAAGGGGCAGUGGCUGCCUGUCGUUCUCAGAGUGGGUCUGGGAAGAUUCGGAAUGUCUGAUCUCCCUGGUGUCACCAGUCAGGAGACACGAGGUGCCGAGACACUCCUCACCUCACACGUGGCAGGGCCUCUGCCUGGCCUCCCACUCGCCCGGCCUCGUCCUCACUAGCUGCACUCUGCUUGCUCACAGACCUCCUACCCACAGCCCAAGCACCUCCUUCAACUCUCUCUAAAUGGCCCCGCCUGACCUCUCCCAGCCCCUCCCCUCAGAGCAGGACACCAGGGAGGACCCCCAGGCCUGCAGCGUCUGGGGUGCUUCUCUGCUAGUGAGCGGCCCAGCAGAGCCUGUUCAGGACCCUCCACACUGCCAGGACACACCCAGGCUGCCCACCCUUGCCCAUAUGCACCUGGGGAGAACCCGGUGCUCCUGCUCCCUCCUGGGGCGGCUGAUGGGCGUGGCCACCUACUGUCACAACAGCCCCACUGCCACUGUCCCUUGGCACGCACACAGCCACAGCCUCUUGUGUGACCUGCUGGGCCAUGGGUCUGGAGCCUACCUGCGGAGGAGCCUUCAGCAGUCCUGGGGAAACGCUUCAGAGCCUGCUUGUCCGUGGCCACAGUCAGGGCCAGGGCCAGGCUCACAGUACAGGACAGUGAGGUCUCUCCCUCACCGCCAUGGCACACGUGAGCACCACCCACCUCCCCACUCCCAAGAGUACACAUGCAGCCACUGCCCCACGGAAGACUCCUCCCACCAGAGCACAGCAGGAGCCCCAGGGCCUGAGCUCCCAGCCAGCAUGGUCCACUGAGACCUGGGGGAGGGGGUCUCUGAGGCCCCUUGGCAGGGAAGCCUCAACCUGAGGACGGGGUCCUGGCAGGCAGCUUCUAUGACAGGUCCUGGAAGUUCAUGGUGCCUGGCAAUAAAGAUGGAAGAAUAAUGGAUCUCAGGCUUCGUGGCUGCUUUAGGAUGUCGCCUCGCCAGCCUGGGGGGCGCACAAGCCCAGCCCUAUGCCCUCGCUGAACUUGGCGGGACCACGUGUGAAAGGCAACUAACAUGCAGGAAACGUUUGAAAACAACUGUGAAUGUGCAAAGUGUGGAAUCACCCAAUCACAGCCCCAGCGCAACCCCGAAAGCCCUCGAAGAGGCCGAGGACAACUGGUCACUGAAUAGGGCGGCUCCCCAGGUCCCGAAGCCUGAGACCCGGAGGACCCUGGCACCCUCACCCCUCGUGCUCCUGCCCACUUCAGCCUCCCUGGCCCCAGUGCAGCUCACCCUGGGCUGCGUCUCCUAGUCCGAGGCUGUGUUUCUUUUUCUUCUCAUGGGCAGCCCGGUCCCCACAGUCACAGCCAAGUCAUGCAGAAUGAACGUGACUCCAGAGGACCCCAGCGCUGGAGCUGAGGGCGCUGGGUCAGGAUGGAGGGACAGGUGGGUUGAGGGCCGUGGGUCCCCACACUGUGCAGCAGGCAGAGGCUCGCCCAGGCCCUGCUUCGGUCUGUGGGCACGAGGGACACUGAGGACAGGUGCUGGGCGCAGGAUGCUGCCUCCUGGUUCCUGGUUGGCCUUGAGAAAAGAGCGAAGCUGUGCCAGGAGCAACCAGAAGCUGGAUUUGAGCACAAGAAGUGCCUCCGCCCAGCCCAGGCACCAGCAACCUCGCAGGGAGCAGGCCCUGCCACUGCUGGCCACCUCGCCCACGCCGGGCCACCUUGCCCACGCACCAGCACCGACUCACCAAGCCCUCCCCAGACCUGGCCAGAGUGGCAGGAGCCGUGGGGCCCAUGGCGUCCAUCUUGGCCCUGGAGGUGAGCUCCUUCACAGAAGUGGCCCCUUCACUCCAAGGGACAUCAUGGCGUGUGUCCCAAACCCUCGGACAUGCCUGUGGGUUCCAUGAAUAAAAUCGAGGCUGCCGUGGCACCCUGUCCGUCCUACCUGGAGCACCCUGGGCUCCUGGAGGGAGAGGCCCCAUGCGCCCGCUCUCCCUUCACACACCCAGCGUUGGCACCCAUGAGUCAGAGGGGAGGCCUCCCUGGCGUCCCGCCCUCCCCCUGCGGCCCCCAGGCUGUCCUCAGAUGUGCGGGAGCCAGGAGAGUGCCCUUCUCCACCCAGCUCCAAAGCGAACCUUUGAAAACACCUACCCUGCUCCUGUCUUUGCCACCUAACCAGGAGGGGCAGCAAAAAUGAAGUCGUGAGGACACAGCGGUCACCACUGUCAGUUAAAAAUUGUCUGCGGAAUCUGUGACUGUAUCUGUCCGCCGCUGCACAAGAGACCCGUGCAUCUUCCUCAGUCGGUUUCUGAAUAUUGUGAAUUCCAAGCAGAUGUUUUUUCUCUUCUGCAUGUUUUUAUGCACUGCCAAUUAGCUACUACUAACCAUGGUUCAACAGAAAAUAAAUGUGUAUUUGUGAUAAAAGAAACUGCACAGCCUGCAAACCAGGAGAGAGGGACAGGUUCUGUCAGGGGGGGUGACACCAGGAGACAGGGACAGGUUGCAUCCAUCGGGAGGGGGGGUGACACCAGGAGACAGGGACAGGUUCUGUUGGGGGCGGUGACACCAGGACACAGCAACAGGUUGUCGGGAGGACAGCGCUGAUGGUGUCUCAGAAUCAGGAAGGGAGAAAGGCGGAGAGAGUGUGUGAAGACUGGUCUCACCAGAGUACUUAUUUAUUUUUAUUUACUGCCAUAGGAUAAGCAACUAGGUAGUGUUCAUAACAGUUAGCUUUACCAAAAUUAAAGUUCAAAUUAUGUUUAAAAUAUUGUAGCAGAAGAUAUAUAUUUAUACUGGACUAUUUUUACACCUUCUAAUAUCCUGUCUCAAGUUUGGGCACAGAUGCUGGCAUUGGGCGUGCAUCAUGCCCUGUGGCCUCCCCACCUGCCCAUGGGUGCCGCUCCGUCCUGGGCCCCAGUGGUGCCAGCUCAGGGCCGGCCACAACUGCCCUGCGUGGCUGUCACCCCCACCCCACCCCGCCUGAGGCUGCUGUGGCCACCUGCUUUUGCGAAUGGUGUUUUAUGGACAGGGGGCCUGUCCUGUGUGUUCACACACUGCCUGUGGCUCUGUGGCUGGAGUGGGGAGGCGUUGAGAUGGAGACGCCUUGGCCCUGGACGCUUCUCUGUCCCUUCACGGGGAAAGCGGGCAUGCUGGUCCAGCCCAUCUCCUCCUGCAGGCAAUCACGCGUGCACUGGCCACUCUCCCACCUGCAGCCCACAGAUGAGGGGAUAGCACAGGUGACCAUGAGGCUGGGCCAUGACGUGCCGAUAGUCUAGAAUGUGUUUCAAACACUGAGCCUGCACCUUUCCUCCUUACUACUGAGCGCUGUGUGGCCUCGGGUGAUUCAGGGUGUGGCGUUUGUCCGUGGGCACAGGGCAGGGAGUCAAGGGCACUUGGAGACGCUUUACUUAACUUUUUUUUUUCAACCUCUUAAAAAACUAAACCAAGCCAAACCACAAAGGAAACCUGCACAACUUAAGAGAAACUUGAAAGGGAUGGUGUAACUACUAGUUUGUACUAAGUUUUUUUCAAGAAAGGGAAACAAAUUUAUAUAUAUAUAUAUAUAUGCAAUAUAUUUUUACACUGAGUAACGCUGGGGAGUACUGAGCGAAUCACUUUAUCAGCGGACGGGUGCUGUCCACGUCCUGCGUGUUGUGGAAGGCACUUCUGCGCUGUCUGACCCGCGCUCACGGGGACGUCUGCGGGCUCCGUGGCCCUGCUGUGGCUCCUGCAGCGCGAGGCGUGGUGUCACCUGCUGGACUUGCCGUCAAGCCUGGCUUGCAAACCCGUAGUGAAACAGCUCGUGUCUGUGUGCACACCGCCCCUGUGUGUCUGCUGUUGUUAACAUUGUGUGUCACAUUGGUCAAGUGACAAAUAAAUGUGUGAAAACAUGGA